AUGGAAACCGGUGGUAUCAUUUUGAUAGUUUGUAGUGGAAUCUUUGUUUUGACUAUUAUACUGAUUGGUUGUCUAGGGAAGAUGAGAGAGAAGAGGACAGUCACUAACGAGCCCAUCAACCAGAAAAGCAGAGAUGCUGGUGGAUUCACGUUUUAUCCAGAGGCUGCAUAUCUCCCUCCUGUCUCUAGUUCCGCACAUCACGACUGUAGGAUGAAGCAGACAAGAAGCAAUGGUAUUGGUGGGGGUCUCUUGUUUCUCUCGGCUGCGUCAGUCACUGCCUCCGUUUCUAGCAAUCACGGAUACGGUGGUGGAGGGGGACAUCACGGUGGUGGCGGUGGUGGCGGUGGUGGCGGUGGAGGAGGACAUCACGAUGGUGGCGGUGGCGGCGGCGGAUGUGGUGGUGGAUAA